GAUGGAUGAAGAUGGAGGAGAUGGACCUGGAGGAGGAUGUUUUGGAUGUGGUGGACCAGGAGGCUAGCACAAUAGUGGACAUUUUGUGUGAGCAGAGAGAUAAUGUUCUACAGCGGAUCUUUGCCUUGGUGGAUGCUCGGACUCGAGAGCAGUUACAGCACCUACCAAAUAACAGGGAGUCUAUCUCAGGUCUUGUAGAUUACUUCAGAACAUCAGACCAACACACAUGCCGCCAUUUUCUGGACAUUAUUUGGUCUUUCUGUGAGAAUAUUCCCUUAGAGCUGGACAUACGUAUUGUAAAUCUUGCAGGAUCUACAGCUGGAGCAUUGGUAAACAACUCUCAUGUGCCAGAUACUGAAAACUCCCCUCAGUCACGUUAUGGAAAACGUGCACGUCUAGACCAGGUGCAGAGUUACACAAAUGCUGUUAAGAGUUUUCUGCAGAAGAAAUUUGAGAAGGUGACAAAAGAUAUAAAGAAAGAGGUUUGUCUAAACAAUACAUGGCUGUGCUGGAGGACACAAAAAUAUGCACGGGUGAGAGACAGACCAGCAAAGUCUCAGGAAGGGGAAGAGGUUUCACUAGAGCAUAAAGAGUCGGUUGAGGCUCUGUUGAUGAAAACAGGCAGAGUGGUAAUGCUGUCAGGUCAGGCUGGCUCUGGUAAAACCUUGUUGAUGCAUUGCCUUGCCCACCACUGGGCUCAGGGCUCUUACCCCUCUAUCGAGCUACUCUUCCUGCUGGAGUUUCGCCAGCUCAACCUCAUCUCACAGCCAUUGUCUCUUAAGGAGUUGUUGUUUCGUUUCUUUCUUCCCUCUGAUGAAGACGAUGAGCAAAGUGAAGCAGUGCUCAAUUAUGUUCUCUCCAACCCUGAGAAAAUUUGCUUUAUAUUUGAUGGAUAUGAUGAGUUUGGGGCAAGAUUUAAAGACCCAAAGGAGCUUGAAUGCUCUGUAAAUCCUUACCAGCAGCUGCCAUUAGCUGAUCUCCUCUCUGCACUAUGUAGCGCCAAGAUCCUGCCUGGGUGCACAGUGCUGGUCACUUGUAGGCCACGGGAUGUUUUUGACCUAUUUGGAAGUUCUGAUUAUUUUGUUGCAGAGCUGCUUGGGUUCAAUCAACAACGUGUGAAGGAAUACACUCAGGAGUACUUCCAAGAAAAGGGAUGUGAAAUUAAAGAAAGAGCGGUUAGCUUGCUGAUGGACAGCCAUCACCUCCUGUCCAUGUCCCAUGUUCCAGGAUUAUGUCAUGUUUGCUGUGUCUGCUUGGAUCAUUUCCUCACCAGUGAUAUGUCUCAGCAACCUGGCACUCAGCUACCUACAUCCUUGACCCAAAUCUACCUCCACAUCCUCUCUGCUUUUAUUAGUCGAUGCCACGGUUGUGGAUCCUCUGAUAAUCAUACCCCAUUACUUCAGAGAUAUAGGGUUCAAAUUGCUAUGUUGAGUAAGCUUGCUAUGGAUGGCCUGGAGAACAGCCGUAUCGUAUUCCCGGCAAAUGAACUGACUACAGAGCUAAUGAACUUUGGUGCCAAUGCUGGAAUUCUGUCCCGUUUGGAUCUCACUUGUGGAGAUGGAUCGCGGCGUCUGGGCUGUGCCUUUACGCACCUAACCAUGCAAGAGUUUAUGGCUGCUUUGCAUCUUAUGACGAACCCCGACAUCACAGAGUCACAGCUCAAGAAGAAACUUAACCUGAAAAGCAGAUGGACUGCUAAGACUGAUCCAAAAACUGUGUUCACAGACUCCCUUCACCUGUAUAUGUGUGGACUCGCUGCAGAAGCUUGCACUUCAAAUCUUGUCCUGCUGAAAGGCAGUGAGAAUGCCAGAGCUAUUGUUCUGAAGCGACAAGAUGCUGUACUUAAGACUUUGCAGCGCUUUGUGGUUAGUGGCCGUCAAACAGGUCCCAAGAUUAUUGAGCUCUGCCGUUGUGCCCAUGAAACACAAAACAUUGAUUUGGCCAGGGCUAUUGGUUCAAGAGAUCGGUUUGAGCUGCGGAAUAUAAGACUCAACCCUGUGGACAUUGACGCCUUGGCAUUUGUAAUUUCAUCUGCAAAUCAGAUGGUAUGUCUGGACUUUGGCGCCUGUUACAUCGAGCCAGAGUGUUUGAACAUCAUUCCCAACUGCAAGAACCUGGAAGAGCUCAAUUUUCGUAGCCGUAAGUAUGAUGACAAGUUUGCCGAGGCUUUGUCUGGUAUCCUGCCCAAACUUCAGAGCCUGAAGCAGUUACACUUUAUUAGUGGUGGCCUCACUAAUAUUGGAGCUGCAAAACUUUUCAAGGCUUUGGAAUGCUGCCCACAAAUCACACGCCUCAAUGUCAGUGAUAACUACCUAACAGAUGAAAGCGUAAAAAAGAUCACCGAGUUGUUUCCCAAGCUGGCUAAACUCACAUCUGUCAUCUUGGGGAAGAACAACAUUUCCAUAAAUGGAAUAUUUAUACUAGCUGGAAAAAUGGCAGCCUUUCCAAACAUUAAGGAAGUCUAUGCAAAUGCAAAAAAAAAGGAAAUCAAUGUUCAGUUCUCUGCAAACACCACAAACAGUGCGAGCACAGAUGACCUAAACAACACUGAAGAAUCAAAGCAGCUAAUCUUGAACGACUGGAAUCUCAAAUGGACAAAUGUGCACAAUCUGUGCCCUAUGCUCAGAGGCUGCUCCUCUCUCACUGUCCUAAAUUUGUCCCACAACGCACUGGGGAACAGAGGUCUAAAGAAGUUGCUUGAACAUCUUCCUACUCUUGACACCAUUCAAGAAAUCAAUGUCAGUGACAACGGAGUGGAUAUGGAUGGGGUUGUGCUUCUCUCAACUCUUCUCUGUACUCUCAAAGACCUGACUGAAGUAGAAGCUAGCCACAACGGAAAGAAGAAACUGGUCUUGACGUUUAGCUCUAGCAGAAGUGAUGCAUUAAAGCAGUUAACAUCAGAGGGGUGUGAUAUUCUGCACAAGAAACUCAGCUUAACUCAUAGUGAUAUACACCCCACUGACAUGAACAAGCUGUGUAAGAAUCUGAUCAAGUGCCCAAAUCCUCUAAACCUGGAUUUCUCUCAUGGAACAUUAAAGGAUGAGUCUACUGAGAAGCUACUAAAGUUUCUUCCAAACAUGGCAUCUCUCAAUCUACUAAAUUUAAGUCACAUCCAGAUGUCAACAGAUAGUGCUUUGUUAUUGGUCCAAUUGCUUUCUGAUUGCCAGCGCACUACAACUGUGGAACUCAGACAACUGGGAGAAACGUUUAUUAAGUUCCUCCAAGACAAAUCAGAAGCUGCAACAUGCAAGUUUAACCAAUAUAGGCUGAGCAGUGCCAAUCUGGCAAAGCUCUGUGAGAUACUGGAGCACUGCCAUCAUCUGACUGAUCUGGAUUUGUCCAGUAACUUCCUUAAAGAUGAGGAUGUGAAGACCUUUGUUCAAUUUCUGCCCAAGCUUCAGAUCUCAGGUUCAGUGAGCCUCAACAAUAACAAUCUAACCGAAGUAGGAGUACUCUACCUGCUGAGCCUAAUGCACACAUGUGAAAGGGUGGCUGCCGUGGAAGUGAGUCUUGGAAAGGAGGAGCAGCAGGCUCUGAUUCGCUUUGUUCAGAAGAAUUCUACAGGCAAAACCUUCAGGUUAUCAUCAUGCACUGUGCAAAGUCAAAAUGUGCUCUUUCUACUGAACAAGCUGGCUACACUGAACUCAGUGCAAACUCUAGAGCUAAGAAACAAUUCUUUCAGUGCUGACACGAUUAAGUAUUUGAUUACUGAGUUCUGUGGGGAUUGUAAUCAUAGAACAAUUCGGAUAAUGGAGCCAUGGAUUAAAGGGGAAGCUGCUGUGGGCCUUGUGCAGUGCUGCCUGGAACUGAAUCCAAACAUAAAGGAGAUCAGAGUUGAAAAAACAUGUCUUAAACUUUCUGUUGAAAGCCUCGUCUCUGCCACAAUCCCUAAUGAAUGGGAGAAUGGGAAUUGUUCCCUUUCUGCUGUGCACUGUAUAAGUUUUGAUGACUGUGAAGUUGAGGGGCAGCACUUAUCCUCACUACAGUCUGCUCUCAGGAAUUGUCCCUCUCUGCAGGAAUUACACUUCUCUCAGCUGACGAUGGGUGCAGAUGGUGCAGAGUUUCUCUCUUCAGUUCUUCCCUCGCUGAAGAAUCUCAAGAUCCUCAGUCUUAGUUCCAAAGGAGAAACAGAAGAUGAAGCAGUAAUAUUUGCAUUACAGCAUGCACAAAAGCACCUGGAACAGCUGAGCUUGGCCCAUCAUGUAAUUAAAGACAGAGGAGCUGCAGUAUUAGGGAAUGCCCUUCAGGGUUUUACAAGAAUGCGAUCACUCAGUCUCUUAAAGUGCUUGGAUUGGACUGCAACAGGAGGGCGUGAUUUGGUCCGUGGUCUGGUCCAGUGCCACUCUCUGGAAGAAAUUCGGCUGGACUCUAUAGAAUUGGAUGAAGAAAGCAUAGAUUGCUUUGCACAAGGCCUUCAGGCCAUGACAUCACUCAAAAAGAUCAGUUUGAAUAAGACGAUCUCAAAGGAGGGCAGUGGGGUUCUGUGUCUGCUGGCUAGUCUGCACCCAUUAAUUGAGCUAGAAGAAAUAGAAUUGAUUGGAUUGAGAAUGGGUGAUCGAGGUGUUGAGGAGCUUGUGAAACACAUCCCUAAAUGGACCAGACUAAGAAAAAUAAAUCUGUCAGAGAACCGUGUGAGUGACCAUGCUGGAGAGAUGUUGGUGAAAGCGCUGUCCCACUGCAGAGCACUGCAACAAAUACAUCUUUUCAGGAACAACCUUGGUCACAGUUCUGCAGCUGUACUGGGUCAGGUUCUUCCAUCCCUCUCUGAGCUCACUGAAUUGGAUCUAUCUGAGAACCAAAUGGAAUCAAAAGGUUGUUCAAGUGUCUGUGAGGCUCUGGUCAGCAUGAAGGCACUAAAAAAACUACACUUAACCUCCAUUGGAACCUCAGACUUGGUCAAUGUUGCAUCUUGCCUCAAACACUGCACCUCUAUAGAGGACAUCAGCUUGUCAUGGAAUAACUGUGAAAAUGAUGUGGUUCUGAAACUGGCUGAAGUUCUGCCACAAUGCAGUAAACUGAAAAGACUUGAUCUGGAGGCCAAUAAUAUCAACACAUCGGGAGCCAUGGCCCUUGCUACAUGUUUGCAGUUUUGUCCUUGGAUCGAAGUGAUCAGACUUUGGAGGAAUCCCAUUAAAAAGGAUGACCUGAUUUUGAAAGACAAGAGGCUGAAUUUCUCGUCGACCUAAUCUGAAACACACUGGAGCUUGUGUCUUUUUUAAAAUGUUUACAUUCAUAUUUAUGUCUUUCUGUUUCAAUUAGAAUAUGGAGGUAUUUUGUUUACAUUCAUUUGGAGAACACAUUACCUCAGUAUACCAAUAACUAUACCACACCACAGUUUAUCUAGUUGUCUGGGAUUCAGAGGUUUAUGGAAGCGAUGUGAACAAUCCAUUUUUGCACCUUAACAGAUAGUGACCAGUCAUGUACUGUUACAAGGGCCAUUUUUGAGAACAAACAGUAUGCUAACCACAAUAGGUUUCUAGUUGUCACACAGAAACUGCAGAUUAUGCUUAGGCUGCAUUUACUGUUUGAAGCUUGAAACUCUUUUAACUUCCAGUCUUCCAUACUCAUUGUCUAAUUAUUUUUAAUAUCCCAUAUAACUGUGAACGUGCAGAUUGGCUGUGAGAUCAUCUGAUUUACCGAACUAAUAACGACAGCUUAUAAAUUAUCACCAAAAUCAGAAGUAUGUUUCUUUAUAUGAUCCUUCCAUCAACCCAUUCUCGACUUCUCUUGGUUGUGUUCUCCUGCAGAUCUCAUAUUUAUUUCUGUUUUUCCUUAUUAAAAUAUCUUAAGAAUUGCACUGCAAAGUUAAAUGUACAAUUGCAUCAAUGAAUGUGAAUGUGGUGGUGUUGUUUUUUUACCUGAUAUGAAACAAAAACCUGGCUUAAUAAACUUUUAGUGAGUAA